CGCAGCAAAGAUCGCAGAUCUCUGCACCGAUGGACCCUGUGAAACUUCCACCCGCCAGAGGCGACGAAAUCUCCCGGCCGUGGUCGAGAGACAGUCACAGGUAUCUACAAGACUCUGCUUUGAAAUUUGGCGAGGAUGCGCAUCGCGAAUAUGAUCGGCUUGCGAUCUCACAACCCUCCACUGCACCAACUGUCACUCCUCCAAAGGGCCGCGUCUCGUCGAUGACUCAACGGGAGGAUGAGCAGUUGAUGCGCAGCAGUUUUUUAGCGGAGGCCUCUGAUUGCAUCCGCUCAUUGCAGGCCGUGUUUGAAAGUGCCAAUGCAACGACAUUUGUUUCGAGAUUUGACGAUUGGCGGAAGAUCGAUUUGAAAGCGACCGCACAGAUGCAGCAGCAUGUGAAGACGUUGCAAAAUCUGAAUGAGCUAAUGGCCGAUUUUCUGCAGAGGUGUUCCGCAGUUGAAGUCUUCCAAGACUUUCACGCGACCAUGGCCGACUUGUCAACGUCCGUGCGUGAAAUGCACGACUUCAGAGAUCAUUUCACAUCAAGUAUCGAUGAGAUUUCCAAGGGCAUCGCAGAUCGCGUGUUUCUUCAGCUGAGCAAAGAAGCCGAAGAACGAAGUGCCUGGCUUCACUGUCAACUGGAAAAACAUGGUGAGGUUCAGGAGAGUCUUGCAGCGACUCAACGGAAAAUGUGGCACAGGUUGGAAGCCAUGGGAAGGACCAUGGAGAAUCAACUGAAGGCGACCAAGGAGACUACGGAUCACCUGGAUGUACUGAAUGAGUCGCACUUGUCCGUCAAGAAAGAUUGCAAGAGCCUCUUGGACCUCCAGCAGGGUGUCUUCACCACCUUCCAGAAUUCCUCUGAACAGCAAGGUGCACUGCAAGACAACAUCUUUGCAACCAUCUCCAAGGAGAUGCAGAGUAUGAAUGGCUACAUUUUCCAGUCCCUUGGCUGGAAUCCAGAGACCCCUGCAGUGGUAGAGAGCCUUCAAUCCUUGGAGUCACGCUUCGUCCAGUGGGAGUCCAAGACGUUGCAAGACAUGGAGGACCAGCGACAGGAGGUGGCGAGGAUGGAGAAUGCCUUGCGGGAGAGUGAAAAGAGUAUCUCAAAGGCCAACCAGUUGAGGGAGGAAGGUCUUUCGGAGCAGGCCGCCCUCAAGGAUCAUCUGCAGAAGGCAACCAGUGCUUUGAAGGAAAUGAAGGUGCAGCUGAAAGACGCCCAGAUGAUCUCACUGCUUAACAGCAUGAAACGGCUGAGAGACAUCGAAGGCCGUGGAAAUGUGAAGGUGGAUCGGCAAAGUGGUCGUGUCACCCCAGUGCGCCCAAUUGAGUUCCUACCUGAAGCUCCUCCCAAAGAGAAGGGACCCUUCAAAGUGACUUUCAAGGAUGAAGCUGAUGUUCUGAACGUCGUUGCAGAUCUCUUGGAAGUCAUGGUGAUGUUCGACUCCUCGGUGCAGCUCAAUGUAGCUCUGAAACAGGGCCGUGGAGGGGAUGCCAACAGCUGGCAGCGUCUGGCGGAAAGGCGGGCGGAAACCUUGAAGGAACACCUGGUGAAGGCUGGUCGAUCAGAGGAGAGCAUCAGCAUCUGUGGAUGCAUGGGAGCAGCCAGCGAGUUUUUUGGACAGCUGAUGGAUACUGAGAUUUUCCCUCCCAAACCUGCACCCACCAAAGCCUCGCCGCCCAGUCGAUCAAAGUCACCUGCGCCCAAGAGAAAAUGAGUGGUGUUUGAUUUUACCACUGAAAAUUGGCGAAAACUUGGAAAGAGACUGACGUCCAGGCGUUUGGAUGUGAUGUCUGUGGAUUUUUCAAGGAGAACAUGGGACACAAUACGUUGGAGAAAAAUGGAAAAACACGAUUGCCUUUUGUUCACCCUAGUUUCACCAAGAUAGUGCUUUGAGUGCGGUCACCGACGUCACCGCGCUAAGACUAGCUUCCCAGUGCGACGCCAAUAAGGCACGCGGGUGACAAAAAAUC